AUCGUCAUCGUCGUCGUCGUCGCCGUUGCUCCGUCGAUAUCCUCAACUCGCCGCGAUGAGGUGACGGUGCCGCGGGAUCGAAUCGCGCGCGCGCUACUUGGUCGACGGCGUAGUCGGACUUUCUGGAGACGUCAGGUCGUCACGAUCUCCGUUUUCGCGGAUAUGCUGCUGUGAACGUCAUCUCUCCCUUCGCGAGUGCGAAAAAUGGCACAGGACACCGACGACAUCAAUCUCACGCCGCAGGAGUUGCAGACGCUGUCGGAGUUGGACAGUCGACAGUUUGGCUUCCUCAAGCUGAACUCUCCGGAACAGGCGAAGAGGAAGGCCGCGGUCGUUCGUGCAAUCAAAUACUUGGAGCGUAUGUUGGUUCAAGCUCAGACAGAGAAGCAACGUAGGAAAGCGGACAUUACAAAAACAAGUUCCGAUGAAUCCAAGGAGAACGAUGAUGAGGAUAAGGGUAUAAGCAUCGAUCCUAAAACAUACUGCAAGCUGGGACACUUUCAUCUGCUUUUAGAAGAUUACAAUAAAGCGAUGUCGGCAUAUCAGAAAUUCUACUCUUUAAAAGGCGACUACUGGAAGGAUGCAUCAUUUUUAUACGGUCUGGGUCUUGUCUACUUCCACUUUAAUGCUUUCCAGUGGGCCGUGAAAGCAUUCCAGCAGGUGCUAUGGGUGGAACCAGGAUUCCCGCGGGCCUGCGAGGUUCACCUACGGCUCGGCUUGAUGCUGAAGGUCCACGCUGAGUUUGACGCCGCCUUGAAGCACCUGACACUCGCCCUGAUCGACGCCACCACACCUGCUUCCUUCUCCAAGCUUGAAAUAAAAUUCCACAUUGCUCACUUGUACGAGGUUCAGGGCAAGUAUCGCUUGGCCAGGGAACACUACGAAGUCCUGCUACAAGAGAAGGUACUGCCGUCGCAUCUCAAGGCCGACAUUUGCCGACAAUUGGGAUGGAUGUAUCACGUGGUUGACUGUACUGUACUGGGCAUAACUAGACAGCAGAAGCAGGCUGUAGCUAUACAUUGUCUUCAGAAGUCCAUCGACGCUGAACCUAAGAGUGGACAGAGCCUCUACCUCUUGGGUCGUUGUCUGGCCGCCUCCGGAAAGGUUCACGAUGCGUUUAUCGCAUAUAGAAAUUCCGUCGAAAAAUCGGAAGGCAAUGCGGACACAUGGUGCAGCAUAGGCGUUCUGUAUCAGCAGCAGAAUCAGCCUAUGGAUGCACUGCAAGCCUACAUAUGCGCUGUGCAACUAGACAAGACCCAUUCAGCCGCUUGGACUAAUCUGGGGAUACUGUACGAAAGCGUUAGUCAACCGAAAGACGCUUUGGCUUGUUACGUUAACGCAUCCAGGGGAAACAGCAACGCAGCGAAUUGCACGGGCUCAUUGGUGGGCCUGGGUGGCGUCAAGUCCGGUGGCAACAACCCGAUGAACCCGUCCCUCCAACAGCGCAUCAACUUUCUGCAGAGUCAUCUAAGUCAAGCACCACCAAUGCCUUCUGUCGCUACCAAGAAGCGGCAUUUGCCGUCAAUCGAAGAUGCUUGGAAUCUGCCGAUCAGCGCGGAGAUCACCAGCCGGCAGCAGCAGCAACAGCAACAGCAGCAACCCGGCGGACCUUCGUAUAAAUAUGGCACCACACCUACUGGUCCGCCACCGCCUUAUCCUCAAACUCAAGGACAGAAUCCUAAGCGAUUUAAGACCGAUGAAGUGAUAUCGGCCGCGCCGCAGCAACGACCACCGCCAUACUACCUAUCGUCGCAGCAGCUUCAAAUGCUGCAGGUUUUGCAGCAAAAUCACGGCAAUCUGUCACAGCAGCAACAGGCCUUGCUCGUUCAGCUGCAGCAACAGUAUCGUGCGAUGCAGCAACAUCAACAACACAUUAGGCUACAGCAGCAGCAAGCAGCGCAACGGGGCCUAAGGCCAGGACAGCCCGGCCAUCCCACAGCCUAUGGUGGUCAUCCUCAAAAUCUCGGUCAAACGUCGAGUGUCAUCAAGAACUAUGGCAUACCGCAACAACCGUUGCAGCAGGGAGGUACGGUGGCGCUGCAGACAGGCUUUUCUGAUACCAACGUCGGUUAUAACACGGCGGCGACCGGAAACACUACGCAGUCACCAGGCAUGCCUUACAAAUCCGCCUCCGAUCCCACUUAUCCGCCCCAGAGGCAGCAAAUUACAGGCGGUGCUCAAUACGGCGGUCAGUACCAGCAGCAACCGAAUCAGUACGCUGCUCAGGGUUAUACGCAGGUCUCGUCGGCGACCGGCGGCUACCCGGAGAACUCUGCUACGAUCAUGGCGAAUAAGGAUAAUCUGGACAUGACGGAUCAGGAAUUGCAGGCACUGCUAUCACAGAAGGACAUUGCUACGUCGCUGGCGGAAGAUCUUCUUAAGCACUUCGGCUCCGAUGGCCUGGAUACCGUCGUGAAAGAGGAGCCGUUGAGUAGCAAUGUCGUUAAUGAUAACGGUACAUUGAGUUCCGGUCCGUUUUCGCCGUCGAAUCUCGAAGAGAAUGCGGCGGACAAGGCGAAGGAAGUAAAGCUAGAAAAGCCAGAAGAAGCUUCUUCCCAGCAUCCGACGCAACCUAAAUCGACGGUGGAGGCUGUGACGACGACACCCGUGACAACAGCUGUGACAACAACUGUAACGACGGUGAAGACCGAGACGAUGGCGACAACGACAGUGAAGAACGAGACGACGACAUCGUCGUUGUCUUCAAUGAUGAUGCCAACAACGACGGCGGUGACAAACAAAAGUGAAGCUGCUGCCAAUAUUUCCAAGACAGAAGCGACGAUGAUGAAUUUGAAGCUCCAAUCGUUGUAUGAACCACAACCAGAGCAAGAGCUUAGCAUCGAAAUGGACGCGAGAACGAUAAUCGAAGCAUGCAAAGGUCAAGGGUUGAACGGCGUGCCGAAUUGUUCGAUACUGAGCGAUCGGUCACCGCCGCCGGCGCCGCCAGAUCCACCCAGUCAACGAUUGACGAAGGAACAAUUGUUGCCGUCUACACCGAGCGUCUUUUUAGAGCACAAGAAGGACGCAUUCGGUCCUUCUCUACAAGAAUUUUGUCUAAAGCAUCCGAUUGCUGUGAUACGCGGCCUCGCAGCUGCGCUCAAACUCGAUUUGGGACUAUUCUCGACCAAAACAUUGGUUGAGGCGAAUCCGGAUCACGGUAUCGAGGUCCGUACGCAGAUGCAGCAAACCAGCGAGGAAAACUGGGAUCCGACGCUCAACAAGAAAGUCUGGAAUUGCAUCAGCCAUCGUAGCCAUACGACGAUUGCCAAAUACGCGCAGUAUCAAGCUUCGAGUUUUCAGGAGAGCCUGAGGGAGGAGAAGGUGCAGGGUGGCGGCAUGCACGUUUCCAAUUUGUCAGACUCGGACUCAAAAGACAGUACUGGUCAAACGGUCAGACGUAAGAAGAACACUUUCGGCUUGGCCGGUCGACCAGGAACCAAGAUGCUGCGUUUUGGUACCAACGUGGAUCUGUCGGAUGAAAGAAAGUGGAAACCGCAAUUGCACGAGCUCAUGAAGCUGCCAGCCUUCGCCAGAGUGGUAUCGGCUGGCAAUAUGCUUAGCCAUGUCGGCCACGUGAUCUUAGGAAUGAAUACUGUGCAGUUAUAUAUGAAGGUACCAGGUAGCAGAACACCUGGCCAUCAAGAGAACAAUAACUUUUGUUCGAUCAACAUCAAUAUCGGACCGGGCGAUUGCGAGUGGUUUGCGGUACCGGAUGCUUAUUGGGGCAUGAUUUGCGCACUUUGUGAGCGCAAUGGCAUCAGUUACUUGCAUGGCAGCUGGUGGCCGAAUCUGGACGACCUAUACGAGGAGAACAUUCCGGUGUACAGGUUUCAUCAACGACCAGGCGAUCUCGUGUGGGUGAACGCCGGCUGCGUUCAUUGGGUGCAGGCGGUCGGCUGGUGCAACAACAUCGCAUGGAACGUUGGACCGCUUACCGCUAGACAGUAUCAGCUAGCGAUUGAGCGUUACGAAUGGAAUAAAUUGCAGGCAUUUAAAUCAAUUGUACCGAUGGUGCAUCUCUCGUGGAAUCUAGCGCGCAACAUCAAGGUAUCGGAUCCGCGGUUAUUCGAGCUAAUCAAGAACUGUUUGCUGCGGACGAUACGACAGUGUUGCUUGAUAUUGGAGUUUGUUAAGAGUAAAGGGGUAGAAGUGCGCUUCCACGGCCGCGGCAAGAAUGAGGCUUCGCACUAUUGCGGCCAAUGCGAGAUUGAGGUGUUCAAUAUUCUAUUCAUCCGCGAGCAGGAAAAACGUCACGUAGUGCAUUGUAUGGAUUGCGCGCGUAAACAAUCUCCUUCGUUGGAGGGCUUCGUCUGCUUGGAAGAAUAUCGUAUGCGCGACUUGAUGGACGUUUACGACGGAUUCACCUUACAUAUGCCGCAAGUUACCGCCACUACCUCCGCCACAACUUCCUCAUCAUCGUCACCGUUAUUAUCAUCGGCGGGGGCGGCGCUGUCGACCAUGUUGCAGGCACAGAUCGGCCAGUCAUCCUGAGGUUACAUGCAACACAGAUAUUUAGAUUUUCUCAGCACGCUGCAACAGUAGUGAUCACCACCAUCCGGGAAAUGCGAAUUCUACCCGGAUGGUUACUACUGUUAGCGAGGAGGACACUUCUUGCGAUAAGCAUUAUUUUCAGUGUACCUGAGAGCUACUCGAAACUAACCGGGACCGGCUCCUUAAAAGCUCUUCAUAGGCGAUCGUCCAUGAAUGUUCCGAAUAGAAAAGGCAAAGCGUGACACUAAUUUAUCUCGUGGUAUCGAUUUUAAAAAAAGACAAUGAUUUUAAAUAAAAAUCAUUGAAAAAAAACAUUAUUAAGACAGAAUUUAAAAAAAAAAAAUUUUAAGUCGAUACGUUAUCUGAGAUAUAACAGGCGUCAUGCUUUGCCUCGUCAUAUUGAAUGUAUAUUUUUGUCUCAAUUUGUGUACAACAUGACUUUUAGGCGCAUUUUGUGACGGUGAGUUUUGCGCGAGCCGAUCCUGGGGAAAAAAAAGAAGGAGAGAAGGGUCCUCAAGGCAAUCACGGAGAUCGAUUCGUGCCACUCGCUCGUUAGUUAGCGCUGUUUGUACAAAUCUAGUUGGCUUAUAUCCUUAAAAAAAAAGAGAAAAAGGCGAAUCGCUGCCGAUCGCGCCCAGUUUAUUCCCUGUAAAUAUGAAGGCGAUCACACGAUUUUCUUUUUUAUAUAGCUCUCGGGUAUUGACUUGAAGAAGACUGUUCCCGACUGUCAAAGGAUUUUAAAUAGCGUAAUAAUUGGCCCGCGGCGUAAUCAUGCGAUCAUUUCCAUUUCGGUAUGCUAGACGUUUUCUUUCACCGAUCAGACUCUUCUUAUCGUCGUUAUCAUUGUAUAAUUAAUUAUCAUCGUCGUAAUGGUGAUCGAGAAUACGAUUAAUCGCGCGAACAGCGGACAUAGAAUUUAAUUUCCGAGUCGUUUCUUUUUAUUCUUUAUUCUCUUUGAAAUCGGUUGAUUUAUGAGACUUCGCGGUAAGGUGAUUCACUGCCACUUACAAAAACACUGAGAUAAAAAGAGAGAUUAGCCGUCUAUUAAAUUUAUUACACGUAAGGGAACGAUCGCCUGUCGUUAAUUGAUUGUUGUUAGGGAAAUAUACGUAUGAAGGCAAACUACUGCCACUAUGUGGAACUGCUCAAGAAUUAUUUGUACAUUUUUGUAUACAAAUUGACGUCGAGAGUAAAAAGAAAAAAAAAUGAAGAAAAUUAGCAAGAGUGUCGUUAGAGCGUAGGAUGAUUUCUACUGCCUACUACACGUUAUCUCCCAAUUGAGAUGAAAGUUUUUGAUUUUUCGUCGCAUAAAAUUUAAUUUUUCCUACACAUGGCAUUUUAGAUCUCGGAUAUUCGACUGUCGCUUGAUUGUUGUUGGUCAAAAUUAAUAAACGAAGAGACGAAAGAAAUUAGGAACACAGAGAACUCUGCUAAAAUAAAACAAAAUGAUAGAAUCUGAGGCUCCAUGCAUAUGCUUGAGGAUUGAAAGGAGGAAGAGCGUUGUAAAAUUUUCGAGUUUUAUCACAUUGUUCUCGCGUAAUGACUUAGCUAGUUUUUGUAGCCGCAAAAUGUAAGAUUUUUGUCUCCCAUCGAAAUUUUAUUCCCGCGAUGAGGGAUUUAAAUGCGCGAAUAUUUGCGUUAACAGAAUCCUCGAAAUUUAGCGAAACCAAAAAAAAAAAGGAAAAAAUAUAUGCGCGCAGGGCAAUGAUAGGAUUUUUCGCGAAGAGUCCAAAAAAAGAGAGAUACGCUAACAGGAGGGAAAGAGAGAGCUUCUGUUCAUCAGGUUAUAACUUUAAGAGAACAAAGUACCUUUUCACUCACAGUCUCGUCAAUUGAUCACGGCGUUCACAGCCGAUACAACGUGCCAGACCGCCAUCAUGUAUAUUAAUGUUCGAUUCGGAGGAAUUUAAAGAUUAAGAGCGGCUAUCUAUUUUUAUCUGUCGUUAAACGUCCAACACGCAAACAGAUCGAACAACGUAAACGUCUUUAGGUUCUCUUCACUGUUCAAUCACACACUUUAUAGAUAUGCGAAAGGGGACAAAAAAUUGCGAAUCUUCGUCGAUGUCAAAUAAUUUUUUGCGUCGAGGAAGAUGCAACCAAUGUUUGUUUAAUUCGAGAGACAGUGAAGAGGACCAAUCCGCGACGGAUGGAUUCGCUUUUAACUUUCAACUUCUCGAUUCUCGGGGUCCCGGCAAAUUACGGGAGGGGGAAGGGGGGAGGUCAGAAGUAGAGAAGAAAAAGUAGUUAGCUGUUUGCUCCACGAAAGAAGAUCAUCCGCAAGAGGGACGAUGUAUUUUUGAAUAUCUAGAAGCGCCUAGUUCCACCGAGCGAGUAGUUUCAAGAGAAAACAACUUCUCUUCUUAUUUUCUAGGCAGGACGUACAUGUGCCUCGACAUUCGCUAAAUUGACAUAUCAAUGCCUCGUUUCAUGUAUCAACGAUCUUUAUUAUCAAUUUUUUUUUUUUUUUAAGAAUAAGCGAGCUGACCGAUCGUUUCCUCGAAUUGAGAUAUCCGAGGGGAAUUCCAUGAUCUUCUAGCGAAUGUUAGGGCAUCUGUACUUGUGCAACUUAGUAUGCGUCCAGGACGAUCACGCGCGACACUUUCGGACAAAGUGUGUAGAGAGAAGAGGGGAAAAUAAAAUAUAUAAUAUACGAGACAAUGUCUUCGCGAUAGAAUACAGAAGGAGGGAGGAGGGAUGGUAAACAAUUUUGUUUUUCACAUUUUAAAUCAAGCACGCUAUAUGAUCUCAACUUUGCACGUUGCCGGCGGAAAAGGAAAGUGAUCCAUGUACAUAUAUAUAUAUAUAUAUAUAUAUAUAUAUAUAUAUAUAUAUAUAUAUAUAUUAAUUAUCCCACCGGCAGCUGCAAGUUCCGAACUGACUCGACAUCCUUCGAUUAAUCGCUAAUUCGUAAAUUAUACUGUACAGGAUAAAUCACUGAAGGCGUUAAAGGUUAAUAAUUAUUUUAAUUGAACGAGAUAUGAAAUCCUUAUUUUGCAGCAACUUUUUAGUAUCGAAGCAUUAUGUGAGAAGUUAGUUUUUUUCUAAACGAAAUCGUUAAGAUCAUAUUAAAGACCUUCAUUUUUUUCAAACUGAUAACGUUUUUAUUAUAUACAACUGUAGCCCAUUUGUUGAGUAAAAUGAUCACACAUAGUCAAGAUUAUACCAAGGUUACAAUGAAAAAACAAUGUCAAAUGGCAAAAUUGUUCAGAACAGUUUUUAAAAUAAAUGCUCGAAAUUACUGUCAUUUUUGCGUCGAAUGCCCGCUUCGAUUCUAAACAGUUGCUGGAAAAUAAGAAACCAUAUCUUGUUCAGUUUUAGAAGUAUUAGUCUGUGUAAUAGCUUUAGUGAUCUACCCUGUAUAUAUAUGUGUGUGUGUGUAUACAUAUGUAUAUAUUAUACACAUAUACAUAUUAUAAAUAUAUAAAUAUAUGAAUAAAAAUAUAUAUAUAUUUAAUGUAAAGAAUAAGGAUAUUAGGCGAAUUCACAAGAGUAUAGAAAGCUCCUUUGCGAGCCUCUUCGUAGUUAAAGAAAAACGAGAUCGCUCGUUUGUCGUGUGUUUGUUCGAUAUUUUCAUAAAUUAAUACGAUGGAGUGCACGCGACUUUGAAUCUUCCCGGUUGGUAAAAAAAAGAGCCCUUCAAUCUUGUUCUUAUUCUUAAUAAACACCUUAUUGAGUUUGAUUUUUCGUUGAUAAAUAAGAUUCGAUAAGGGAUGCGUAUAAACGAAUUUGAGCGUUCUCGAUAAAUGUAAAGAUAAAGAUGAUUAUUAAUCCUUCAUAGUCUAUAAUGUAAUUUGAAAGUGAAAAAUUUAAAAAGCAAGAGGUUUCUUCUUUUUUCUGACAAAAUGAUUUUGUCCAUGGAGGACUAACUAAAUCAUGCUUCAUGAGAGGACAAAGAAAAAUGCGUAAAACAUAUUUUCGCUAUAAACUGUGCUACUACUACUAUUACUAUUACUACUACUAUUACUAUCGAUAAUUUAAGUUGUAUACCCUAAAAAAACCGAGAUGAAAAAGAAUCAUGCAGACCAGACGAGAAUUUAUUUUUGAUCCAUGAAAUAAUAUAUAGCGAAGUAAUAUUUUUCUCAUUAAUCCAAGCCGUAUACAUACAUACAUACAUACAUACAUACAUACAUACAUACAUACAUACAUACAUACAAACACACACACACACACACACACACACACACACACACACACACACACACACACACACACACACACAUAUAUAUAUAUAUAUAUAUAUAUAUAUAUAUAUGUACACACACAUACACACACACACACGCACACACACAUACAUAUGUAUAUAUAUGGAUAAACCUCUGUAUAAAAAACGUAGCAUUAUUAGACAUAUAUAUAGAACGAAAGCGAUUAAUAUAGCCAGCAAUCGUAUGGUAUAUGUGUGUGUAUAAAUUUUGAAAAAGAAUGGCUGAAACAUUACUACUAUUACGUCGCUAUGUAAGCUAUGUGUAUUUCUUAACGACAGAACAACAACAACAAAGUGAAAACGUUCACUGCCAAAUUGUGAUAAGCGUGAGAAAUCCCACCUUCAAGCCAGGAGCGUUUUCUUGACUUCUGAUCGCAUUGACCAAUCGUUUCCGCCCUCUUCCCCUUUCCCCCUCAAUAUUCAUGAUCCUCCCUCCCUCUUCCACUUCUCCCCUGUAAUAAUAAUAAAUAGUUACCGCGCAUCCAAUCCGAUCAUAGUCAUUUAUUUUUUUUUAAAUGAAGCUAGAUAAUAAUUUAGAUAAAGAGAGAAGAGAAGAAGUUAGUCUCGACCAAUGCAGCUAGAAACGAAGGAAAAUCGCUCCCCUAUUUUAAGGGCCAUAAUUUGAAAAUGGCCGUAUUUUAAACGACACAGAUAUAGAACGAAGCGAUAUUUUUCAAUGGGGCACGUUUUACCGAUUGAGAAAAAAAAAGAUGGAGAAGAGAGAGAAAGAGAGGCGUGAAAAGAUGAAAAGGAGGAAAAAUCAUCUGGACCGCCUCUUCUAAUUGUAUGUUCAUUACGUGUACAGUGCCUUUGUAUCUUAAAAGAGACAAGUCCCCUCUUUAUCCCUCGUAAGAAGCGAUCAAUCCUCGUGCGGACAGAAUUUUCCGAACACCCUCUUACAUGAGAAAAUUAUCUCUAUUAACCCAUCCGAAGAGGAACAUAAUUAAUAAUAUAAGUAAUUUUGAUCGAUUGUUUUUAUUUGUUAUAGCUUAUGCUAAAUUAAUGAAACAUCUCUCAAAAUUCUGUAAUAUAGAUUAAACGGAAUGUUAUCUUGAAUAUUAUAAUUAUAAUUAAUAAUUAAUAAUUUUAUUAAAUUUUAUUCAUUUAUUGAAAAUUAUAAUUGUAAUAAUUUUAUAAAUAAUAUUGUUAAAUAUUUAUAAAAAUGCUGAGAAUAUUUUUUGUAUUACAUUUUUUUUGUCUCGUGAAGAGAAAGACGAGAUUGGCCAUCCGAAUGAUGAUGAAUUAAGAAGAUAAAUUUUCUCUUUGACAGUAGCAUAAAAAAAUUAAUAAUGUAAUUGAAAUUUCUGUUUCUCCUCGGAAUCGAAAUUCUUCCCCGGAGGGUGUGAAAUUUUGCCGAUAACAACGAGGCGCAUGGGAGGGAAAAGAGGGGCGCGCGCGCGGUCCUUCCUAUGUGUCGUGACGUUCUUCUGACUAGGUUCGUAAUUGUAAUGAAUUGUCUAAUGAUUAAUAUGUAAAAUUAGAUUAAUUAUUCACGAGUAUGUUGUAAAAGUCGUGUAUAGUCGAAUCGAUUGAUACGAAAUCGAUUCGAAGGAAAAAAGAGAGAGAGAGAGAGAGAGUGAGCGAGCGGUGGCCUCUCGUGAUCGCGCGGCGGCGUCCCAUGGCCACCUCCCCCCUGUGUAGUUAGCCUUAUUAUAAUUAUCAUUAUUGCCAUUAUUAUCAUGGAUUAUUAUUACAAUUAUAAAUAUUGAUUAUAAAUAUUGUGUUUACCGUAAUAAUGUAAUAUACGAGGUUACACGGA